AUGCCCAGAGCUGCAGCCCGCGCCGGCUCGGACGACGAGAGCGGCUACGAGGAGCCCACCGCGUCCAAGAAGGGCGCGUCGGCCAAGACGAACGGCCACGACGACGAGCCCGAGGCCGGCGACGGCUCCGAGGGCGGCUCGGGCGACGAGGAGGAGUACGAGAUCGAGCGGAUCCUCGAGUCCAAGAUGGGCGUGUUCCCCGAGGGCCGCAAGGGCUACCUCGUCAAGUGGAAGGGGUACGACGACACGCACAACAGCUGGGUCGACGAGCGGGACGCCGAAGGCGCGUCGGACCUCAUCAAGGCCUUCUGGGAGCGCGAGGGGGCCAAGAAAAAGGCGAAGGGCAAGCCCGCGCCCAAGCCGCGCAAGUCCGUCGCGGCGAGCGACUCCGAGGAGGAGGCCCCGCCAGCGAAGAAGCGCGGCCGCCCGCCCAAGUCCGCCUCCCGCCGCCGUGGAGGACGACGAGAGAUGGAGACGACGACGACGCGCACACAAGAAGCGGCCGCGCAAAAGAAGACCGCGGCGGCGGUCGUGGACGACGACUCGGACGAGGGGAGCUACGCGGACAUGAAGAAGCUGUUCAAGAGCGCGCCGAGCUGGGAGCCGCACGUCGAGAAGGUCGACACCGUCGAGAGGACCAACGACGGCAACCUCGUCGUGUAUUUCACCCUGAAACACAGCAUGGGUCAUGGGCGCGAGUCCUCGACCAUCUGCAAAGACAAAAUGCCUCGCAAGCUCAUUGAGUUCUACGAGGGAAACUUGCGUUGGAAGCCUGCUGAAGAGGACGCGAUGGACCAAGACUAA